AAAGUUUCAUCCUUUGUGAGUCCCCACAAAAAUUAAAUCAAGAUGAUGAAGGGAAUGACUUGGAAGAGCCUUAUGCACCAUAAGCCUUUCAUUCCUCUAUAUGUUUGUGUUGGUGCUGGUUGUUUAGGAGCAGCGUUCUACACAUUACGUUUAGCUUUGAGGAACCCUGAUGUACAAUGGAUUAACAGAGGAGAAAUUUCCAACGAGGAGUUCAGAGCCGAACAAUAUAAGUUCUAUUCCCGAAAUAUUGAUAAUUCUAAGCUUGAAAGUCCAGCCCCGAAAUACUAAAUAAUUAGUAUUAUGUAGCAAUCCUUAGAUUAAUGUAAUGUACU